AUGGAGUCAGGCUGCGCCCGGCACGGGCCGCGCAACCACAUCCUGCCUAGCAGCAGCGCAGGGGACCCACGCUCCAGUGACAGCUCCGGCGUCACCACCCUCGAUCAGCUUGUCGCGCUCCGUUCACGCGGCUCGGUGACUACGGCCACCAGCAGCGCAGGCGACACGUCCCGGCACCUCGUCGUGGACGUGCAACCCACGGUUGACUUCGUCUGCCGCCCGGCCGUCCACUUCGUGCUGGCCUUCCACGACCUGACGUACAGCGUCAAGCGGCCGAGGAGCUCAUUCCACCGGAGACGCGACAACGUCAACGUCGAGGAGACCGGCGCCGCUCGUCACGGCGAGCAGGGCCGCGCGAGGGCGGCGAAGAACACGCUGCUGGACGGCAUCUCCGGGGAGGCGCGGGAGGGCGAGAUCCUGGCCGUGCUGGGCGCGAGCGGCGCCGGCAAGAGCACGCUCAUCGACGCGCUGGCCGGCCGGAUCCAGCGCGAGAGCCUCCGGGGCGCCGUCACGCUCAACGGGGACGCCCUGGACAGCCGCCUGCUCAGGGUCAUCUCGGCGUACGUGAUGCAGGACGACCUGCUGUACCCGAUGCUCACCGUGGCCGAGACGCUCAUGUACUCGGCCGAGUUCCGCCUCCCGCGCUCGCUCGCCGCGUCCAAGAAGCGGAGCCGCGUGCAGGCUCUCAUCGACCAGCUCGGACUGCGCGCCGCGGCCGACACCAUCAUCGGCGACGAGGGCCGGCGCGGCGUGUCGGGCGGGGAGCGACGCCGCGUGUCCAUCGGCAUCGACAUCAUCCACGACCCCAUCAUCCUGUUCCUCGACGAGCCCACCUCCGGGCUCGACUCCACCAGCGCCUUCAUGGUCGUCAAGGUGCUGCAGCGCAUCGCGCACAGCGGCAGCGUCGUGGUCAUGUCCGUCCACCAGCCCAGCUACCGCAUCCUCGGCCUCCUUGACCGUCUCCUGUUCCUCUCCCGUGGUCGGACGGUGUACUAUGGAGCACCUGCCGCGCUGCCUCUGUUCUUCUCGGAGUUCGGGCACCCGAUCCCCGACGGCGAGAACCCGGCCGAGUUCGCGCUCGAUCACAUCCGCGAGCUCGAGAGCACUCAGGACGGGACCAAGGAGCUCGUGCAGUUAAGCAAGUCGUGGCAGGAGAAGCCGUUGUCCCGUGCCGUCUCGGCGGCAAGCAGCGAUAAGCCGUCUCUGUCGCUUAAGGAAGCCAUCAGCUUGAGCAUCGCCCGCGGCAAGCUAGUGUCCGGCACGAGCACUGGCAGCCCGGAGGUGGCCGCGGCGACAACCGAAGUGGCGACGUACGCGAACCCGUGGUGGGCGGAGGUGUGGGUGCUGACGCGGCGCGCCUUCACCAACACGCGGCGCACGCCGGAGCUGUUCCUAAUCCGCCUGGGCGCGGUGGUGGUGACCGGCUUCGUCCUGGCCACCAUCUUCUGGCGGCUGGACAACACGCCCAAGGGCGUGAACGAGCGGUUCGGCUUCUUCGCCAUCGCCAUGUCCACCAUGUUCUACACCAGCGCCGACGCGCUCCCGGUGUUCCUCAUCGAGCGCUACAUCUUCCUCCGGGAGACGGCGCACAACGCCUACCGCAGGUCCUCCUACACGCUCUCCAACGCCAUCGUCGCCUUCCCGCCGCUCGUCUUCCUCUCCCUCGCCUUCACCGCCAUCACCUUCUUCGCCGUGGGGCUCGCGGGGGGCGCCGAGGGCUUCGUCUUCUUCGCGCUCAUCGUGCUCGCCUCCUUCUGGGCGGGGAGCGGGUUCGUCACCUUCCUCUCCGGCGUCGUCCCGCACGUCAUCAUCGGGUACACCGUGGUGGUGGCCAUGCUGGCGUACUUCCUGCUCUUCAGCGGCUUCUUCGUCACGCGCGAUCGCAUCCCGGAUUACUGGAUAUGGUUCCACUACCUGUCGCUGAUCAAGUACCCGUACGAGGCGGUGAUGCAGAACGAGUUCGGCGCAGACCCCAGCAAGUGCUUCAUGCGCGGGGUGCAGAUGUUCGACGGGACGCCCAUGGGAAAGCUGCCGGUGGCCACGCAGGUCACCGUGCUCAACGCCAUGAGCAAGUCGAUGAAGAUCGACUUCAACAGCACCUCGUGCAUCACCACCGGGACGGACAUACUAGCGAAGCAGGCCGUGAACCAGCUCGGCAAGUGGAACUGCCUCUGGGCCACCGUCGCGUGGGGGUUCUUAUUCCGGGUGCUCUUCUACCUCACGCUCGUGCUGGGAAGCAGGAACAAGCGGAGAUGAUGACAUGGCCUGCAGGUCGAUCGAUCAAAGAAAUAAAUUUGAGUGGAGGCAAAUGGUUUUAGUUGGGCAUUUCUUGUUUAAAUUCAAAUUUUUCAUGUUUUUCUUUCUUAGAAAUUGAUGAAGAGAACACUAUUGCAAUUUGAAAAUUUGAGUUCAUGUCCUAUGCCUCUCUAGGUCACCUCAUCUUUGGUCCGCCCCGAACGCGCUCUUUGAUCGUCUGUCAUGUGUGUUCGUGCCAUGUGGUUUUGCUUUUGUAACGCAGCCAUGUGUGGCUUUCCUAAAUGUAACAAGUCUUCCCUUUGUCCCGACUCAAAACAUUUAAAGUUUGAUCAAAUUUAUAAAAUAAGUAUGUAGAGAAUUCGAGGUGGACCUAACACACUACGAGAGGGCCUACUCACCUAUACCAACUACUUUGGUGUAGUUGAUUAGUCCCUUUUUAUUUCUAUUUACUUAGUGCAAGCUUCCGGGCGGCAGAGCCACUCAC